CUCCUACGUCGGACAUAUUCUAAAAUACAAUAGACUUGCAGCAUAUAGUUUAAUUUAAUCGUUGUCUGAUCGAUUAUCCCUCAACACCGGCAUUUGUCCACAGUUUCUCUGAUCCUGGGCUAGCGUCUUACCCGCUUUUUCCUGAUCCAACAUUGUUAUGGUAUUUGGCUGCGAUCAUACCCUACGCUGACAAACGUUCCUAGCACAGAACAUGUUCGAGAACAUAUACUGUGACUGCAGGCUUCCGGUCGAUGCAGGCGUUUUACCCGAUUUUCGCCGCAGUGACGUAAGAAAUUGUUUUUGGCUGGAUCAAAGUCUGUUAAUGUUAUGAUUGAAAAAGCUGUCGAUAAUGAAGCAAGCACUUCAUGUAACGAAAGCUUGUCAAAAAAGCCACUGACAAUGGAGGAAAAGGCUACUGAAUCAUCUAUAACGCUGAGCAAUGAUUUCGAGCAAAACGCUACCAUUCUUGUCAACGCGCUCUUUGACAAUUCUACUGCUGUAACAAGUUUUAAGAACAGCAAUGACCAUGGGGAACCGCAAGCGUUUUUUAGCUGCGUGUACAGAUUUCUUCGCAUUUAUUUUGGAUGUGGCAAGUCGUUCACAUUUAGCGCUUAUACGAGGACAUCUGUCCGACUCCUACUUGUGUUUGUGUGUAUAUGAAUGGAAUGGCAUUGGUGCUCGGGACGAGCACAACUUGCUGCAACCAGGGGGCCACAAAUGUUUAUGUAUUUUUACGAAUAUGCUUUAACAACGUCGAUACUCUCGCAACCAAGUCAGACGGCUGAGCUUCUUUUUACCAGUAUUACAACGGUGUGACCCUCCACUAUGCAGUGAAGUCGCAGAUAGUUAGUCUAUAAUGGCCGAUUCAACUCAGCCCUGUAUCGGUGAGUCCGCUCACACAUGUUUUACCCUCAAAAGCGGUAACUUUUUGGUCACUGAUUGCUCCACACGAUGAUCUCUUUGAAUAGCGAUGAGAAAACUUACCAGACCACGACAUGAUACGCGCACAAAAGAGUAGAUCGAUCAUUUAGAGGUGAAGAUGAUUCGAUUGUGGAACCAUUUUAAGUGUCUCCAGACUUGUGAAAAAAUGAUCCAGUGGAAUUGCUACAUGUAAGGAGACAUUUGAGUGCGACAUCUGCUACACCCGCUUUACCAGCUAAUCUUAUGGCAAGAGUGGUUAAUGUACAAAACGACGGGAGGUAAACCGUCAUUUUCUAUGCAGCGCAAAGCAGUUUCGUGAAAGCAAUGAGAGUACGCACCAUCAAGGGACCUUCCUGUCCAGUCAAUUUGAAUAGCAGGAAAAAAGCAUAAUGCACGCAGCCAGCUUGCAGGUAACAUCAGUGUGAAGCGUCAGGUUCAGGCAAAAUACACAUUUAAUUGCUGGCGUAAU